AUGAGCUUAGAAGGAAACACUUUAUAUAAAGAAAAAGCACGUGUGCGUGUUCGUAAUGAUGAUGGUGAGUAUGAAAAUGCUACAAUUGUACGACAACAUCGUAAUGGCGACUUGACGGUGAAAUUUAAUGAGACGGGAAAGAUUGCGAGAAAAGUUCGAAAAGAUCGCGUCCAGACUGCUGAAGAUGAUGAAGAUUGUAAACGAGAUGAUCAGAGCGAGAACGAAAGUUUAGACUUUGAAAUUGAAACAUUAAUUAAGUUUCGUGAUGAAAAAGGAGAUUGGAUUGAUGGUCGAAUUCAUAAAGUUCGAAGCAAUGGAAAGUUUGACGUUAGAGGUGAAGGUGAAGCGAAUGAUGUGAUGAAAAAUGUAGCACGUCGAGAUCUUCGAAAACGCAGUUUAAAGCAGAAAGAUAUUCGUGAUAAUGUUGAACGUCAUGAUGAAGAUAGUGAUGAAGAGAAGCGAAUGGUUAAGAAACGAAAGGCACGAAAGAAACGCGAGAUGGUUACAAGUGAAGAUGAAAGUGACGAUAGUAGUGAUCGACAAAGACGUUUUCAAACACAUCGUGGAAUGCGAACUCUUUUUCGCGUGAAUCAACUUGUAGAGUUUGAAGAUAAAAGUGGACGCAUUCGUCGAGGAUGGAUUCAAGUUGUUAAUCGAGAUGAUCGUACGUGUGAUAUUAUCCAUGAAAAUGAUCGUGAAAAGAUUUCGAAACGAAUUCCUUUUGACGUGAUUCAAGCCACUUCAGCUUACAAUCGUUUCUUUGGUGGAAGAAAUCGAAAUAUGAUACCGAUUCAAGUGAACACGCACGUUUAUUACCGUACAAAAGAUGGUUUUGAACGUAAAGGAAUUGUUUUAAAUAUUUCUCAAAGCAGUGGAAAACCAGUAUAUGAUGUCGAAGAUUUACUGGAUGGAACGAUGAUUAAAAGUCUUGAUAAUGGACGUUUGCGAGUAGUUCCAUGGCUUGAUUAUUCACUUCCUUCUUUCAAUAAUUUUCCAAAACUUCCAAAUUUUUCUUUCUUUUCGACUCCAAUUCUUCGUCGAGGAAUGAACGUUCGUUUUCGUACUAAACGAAAUGAAUGGCAAGAUGGAAUGAUUCGAAAAGUUCAAGCCAAUGGUUGUUGUCUAAUUGAUUUUUAUGGACGAAAUGGAGAAAAACAACGUGAAGAAGUGAAAAAUGUUGAUAUUGAUACACGAAUGUUUCGAAUGCCAUUUUAUGGUAUGUUUGACAAUGUGUUGAAUCAUUUGACGUUACCAACACUUCAAUUGAAUUCUGGAAUGUUGAAAAUUGGAAAUGCCGUCGAAGUUUCAAAUGGUGUCAAGACAUUUCUUGGAACAAUUUUAAGUCUAAAUGAAAUGGAUCAAACGUAUACAAUUCAAUACGAAGAUGGUCGAAAAGAAAAAAGUGUUUCAAAGGAUCGUGUUCGAGUAUCUUUACGUCGUUUACAAAUUGGAACGGAAGUUGAAAUGAUUGUGGAAGGUCCUUGUAAGGAAAUUUCAACUUUAGAUGGUGAAGUUGCUUGGAUUCAUCAUGAUGAAAAAGUUGCUGUACGAAUAAAUGGAGGACAUAAUGAUGUCUUUGCACAAGUUUGUACGCAUGCUUUGAUGGUAGAUGGAAAACCAGCAUUUACUGCGCCAUUAAGUAGUACGUGGUUAGAACUCUAUGGUUAUUAUUGUAAUUUUGGUAUUGAAAUGGGAAUUUAUGGUUGGUUUUUUUGGGGGUUACUUCGAGAAUUUGAUGAUAUGGUGAAUGUAUACCAAGAGACAAGUUCGGAGUUUUUAGAAAAUAUACAACAUAUGACAGUAAUUUAUAAUUCUAGUCAUGUUGAAUGGGAAAAGUGUUGGAUGCAUAAUAGCACGUCUACAGACAUGUUUCUCUUGAUUCCAAGUGUAAUUAUGGCAACAGAUCGUGUGUGGUUAUUACUUUUAUUAAUUACAAAAGUAAUUGCAUCAGUAGUAUGUGUGUACUUGGUUUUAUCGUGUAUUCGUUCAAAAGUAUCGGCAUUACAAGAUGAGUUUAUUGACUUAAAAGAAUAUCAACAAGAACGUGUGUUACGACGUCAUUUAGCUACUGCUAUGGGGUACACUUUGGUGGUUACAUAUUUGACACUUGUUGAUUAUGCUUCAUUUCUAAAUCGAUUCGAUCGCUAUUGUCUUUUAACUGACACACACUUGAGUUUCGAUGAACUUGCUUUUCGUAUCGAUCCCUUUGCACUUCAUAUUGAGUACAUUUCUCCUGUUCAGAGGUUACUCAAUCUUGGUGCGAUGACAACAUUUAAUCUUUUUCGAGGUGUAACCUUUUACGUGUUACUUUUUGCGUUCCCAACAAGUGGUACAAAUUUCUUACGACGUCUUGUGUUUUUGGUCCCAUCAAUUUUACUUACGACGGUACUAUGUGCCAUUGGAUUAGCUGCUGUUCACAUAUUUUACUACGUUCAAAAGAAUGACAUGAUGAAAAAUGAUAGGCUUGAUAUGACCCGCAGUACAGAUCUUGCAGUGUCUUUAUUGGGUCUUUCUCUUUGGUUUAUUUAUUCAGGGUAUAAUUUGAUAGCUGCAGCUGGCAGAUUUUCAGAAAUUCGUUUAGAACGACACCGAACAUCACGAAAUGUAAUUUCAGAUGAAGUUCUAAAUCUAGCAGAACGUGGUGAAUUUGGUCUUCAAGCUCAACGUGAAGCUUUAGUGACUAAAGUGGAGCAACGACAAGAUGAACUUGGUAUUUGGAAGUUGACUAUCUUACGUAUACAUCGUCAUCGUCUUGUUCAUAUUUUAGCAGCCGUGAUUGCAAUAUAUAUUGAUGUAACUUUGCGUCAUGAGAUCAAGAAGGAAGAUGAGAGUUCGGUGGAGUAUGCGCGUUAA